UCUCCGUAAAUCCAAACGCACCGUAAGGGAGCCCUCGCGCGAGUUGAUAGGGUUGACUAGGAGGUUUUUGACUGUUCGUUAACACUCUAUUUCGGUGUUUGUUAAAUGCAAAGGAAAGUGUGAAUAAGUGCUCUGCAUUUCUUCCGUGAAUCACGCGCCCACGCCACACCUCCUCUCUCUCUCUCUCUUUCUCUCUCUUUCAAUUUAGUUAAGACUCGUUAACUCAAAUUUCUACCACAAUUCCUGCCAUAAAUGGUGGUCUCCACCAGUCUUCUCACUCUAAUCUACUACCCAACAAGCUGAAGACUUUCCUCUGUGACUUUCUCUCUCCUUCAAGAGAACCCAGUUCUUAUUUUAGCUCUCUGACUUUAGCAGGCUCUCGGAUCUCCCAUAAUGUGUGAGCUACAUUUUCAGAGGAGAUAGCAAUCAACCAUGCUCAAGCUUGCACUUUUGUUGCUCCUCUUACUGUGCUUCAGCUUCAGUUGCUCGAAUGCGAAAAAUCAACCAUUCGCCAUCCGCAUAAGCUGUGGGGCCCGCCAGAAUGUUUAUACCAGCCCCACUAAUGCCCUCUGGCUCAAAGACUUUGGUUACACAGGAGGAAAACCAGCAAAUUCAUCUCCCAGUGCCAUUACACCCCCACUUCAUACACUUCGGUAUUUCCCUCUAUCUGAUGGCCCUGAGAAUUGUUAUACCAUCAAUAACAUACCAAAUGGACACUAUUCAGUGAGAAUCUUCUUUGGCCUCCUUUCCGAACCCAAUUUUGAGAAUGAGCCUCUCUUUGAUGUAUCUGUAGAAGGAACACUUGUUUAUUCUUUGAAAUCAGGUUGGACCACCGUUGAUGAACAAUCUUUUGCAGAAGCCAUACUAUUUAUUUCUGAUAAAUCUGUUUCUACGUGUUUCCAUAGCACUGGUCAUGGUGACCCAACUAUCCUUUCAAUUGAAAUUCUUCAAAUUGAUGAGAAUGCUUACAAUUUUGGCCAAGAGUGGGAUAAAAGAACCAUCCUAAGAACAUCCAAACGACUGAGUUGCGGUGCGGGAAAGCCAGCAUUUGAUGAAGAUUAUAUAGGUGAUCAAUGGGGUGGUGAUAGAUUUUGGAAGAACAUUGCAGUUUUCGAUAGCAUUUCUAAUAUUCGAAUAAGCACUGAAGAAGCCAUUGCUAAAGCUUCUGUUGCACCUAACUUUUAUCCCAAAAAGCUUUAUCAGUCAGCAAUUGUGAGCACUGACAACGAACCUGAUUUAUCUUAUAGUACAGAGGUGGAUCCUAAUAAGAACUACUCGAUCUGGCUACAUUUUGCGGAGAUUGACUAUAGAGAUGCAGGGGAAGGGAAGAGAGUAUUUGAUAUUUUAAUUAAUGGGGAUGUUGCUUUCAGAGAUGUUGAUGUUUACAAGAUUUCAGGGGGACUCUAUGCAGCUCUUGUUUUGAACAAGACUGUUGCUGUGAAUGGCAGGACUCUAACCAUAACCCUGCAUCCCACAAAAGGAAACAGUGCAAUUGUCAAUGCCAUCGAGAUAUUUGAGGUCAUUGCCAUGGAGUUCAAGAGUUCAGUGAUUGAAGUUCGAGCUCUACAAACUCUGAAAGGUGCACUGGGUCUACCUCUUCGUUUUGGUUGGAAUGGUGAUCCAUGUGUUCCUCAACAACACCCAUGGAGUGGAGUGGACUGCCAGUUUGAUGAGAGGAGCAGCUCAUGGGUCAUCGAUGGACUUGGUCUUGACAACCAAGGUUUGAAGGGUUUCUUGCCUGAUGACAUCGCCAAUCUGAAGCAUUUACAAAAUAUAAACUUAAGUGGGAACAGCAUUCAUGGGAGCAUACCUUAUUCAAUUGGAGCAAUAACUGAGUUGGAAAGCUUAGACCUCUCAUACAACAUGCUGAACGGUUCAAUUCCUGAAAGUUUAGGCCAGUUAACAAUGCUGCACACAUUGGAUCUUAAUGGGAAUCUAUUGUCUGGGAGAGUCCCUGCUGCACUUGGAGGCAGGCCUCUCCACAGAGCUAGCUUCAACUUUACUGGUAAUGCUGGGCUUUGUGGGAUACCAGGACUGCCUUCAUGUGGCCCUCACCUCUCUGCGGGUUCAAAGGCAGGAAUCGCAUUUGGGAUCAUUCUCAUUUUCUUACUCAUUGUUGUCUUCUCUAUUUGCAUGUGGAAGAGGAGGCAGAACAUUCUUCGAGCCCAGAAGCUUGCUGCUAGGGAUGCGCCUUAUGCAAAAGCAAGGACCCACUUUGUGCGGGAUGUGCAAAUGACCAGGACUUAUGGCAGCGACCAGGCACGGGUUGCUACAGAGAGUGGACCUCAUCUCCUCUCUUAGCCAAACAUGCUCUGUUUGGAUUCUCUCUCAGCUCUGCUCACAUUGUUUGCUAAUGGCUUAACCUUUCUGGUUCUUUAGGAGGUCCCAAUGUCUCCUUGGAGGGUGCAGAGUGGUGUAAAUCAAAAAUGUAAGAAAGGUAGUUAUGCUUUUAUUUGUUUUUGCAUAAUUAUCUGAAUUACCACCCAAUUUUGGCUAAAUUUGAUAAGACAAUUGGCAAAUUUGAGCCAAUUUUUUAACUGAAUUCCUGAAUUUCAACACUUCGAGUCAUGUUUCUUUCGACCAAUCUUCUGUUUGGUGCAAAUGGGAGUUCAGUUUCUUAAUCCAACCAAA